GGUAAAUAGUGGGCCAGGCUGGAAGAUGGCGGCGGUAGCGGAGGUGUGAGUGGACCCAGGUUCCCGCAGUUGAAUUUUCUCUUCCCUUUUCCCUGUCUUUUUCCUUCCCGACUUGAGGUUGGCACCGAGGGGGCCGAGUUCGGGUGGCGGCGCGGGCGCAGCGCAGGGUUCACGGCGACGGCGGCUGACGGCUGGAAGGGCAGGCUUCCUUCGCCGCUCGUCCUCCUUCCCCGGUCCGCUCGGUGUCAGGCGCGGCGGCGGCGGCGGCCCUCGCCCCUCCUCCCGCUCGCUGCCGCCCCGGAGCGGGCGCUCUGGGCUUCGCCAUCCCCCGACCCUUCACCCCCGGGACCGGGCGCCCCCGGCGCAGCUCGCGGAGCGGGGGCCGGGCUCCUGCUCGCCUGUCGCGCCUCCAUGUCGGAUAACCAGAGCUGGAACUCGUCGGGCUCCGAGGAGGACCCAGAGACGGAGUCAGGGCCGCCUGUGGAGCGCUGCGGGAUCCUGAGCAAGUGGACAAACUACAUUCACGGUUGGCAGGAUCGUUGGGUAGUUCUGAAAAAUAAUACUCUGAGCUACUACAAAUCUGAAGACGAGACGGAGUACGGCUGCAGGGGAUCCAUCUGUCUCAGCAAGGCUGUGAUCACGCCUCAUGAUUUUGAUGAAUGUCGAUUUGAUAUUAGUGUAAAUGAUAGUGUUUGGUAUCUUCGUGCUCAGGAUCCAGAUCAUAGACAACAAUGGAUAGAUGCCAUUGAACAACACAAGACUGAAUCAGGAUAUGGAUCAGAAUCCAGCUUGCGUCGGCAUGGCUCAAUGGUAUCACUGGUGUCUGGAGCAAGUGGCUAUUCUGCAACAUCCACCUCCUCAUUCAAGAAAGGCCACAGUUUACGUGAGAAAUUGGCUGAAAUGGAAACCUUUAGAGACAUCCUAUGUAGACAAGUCGAUACUCUCCAGAAGUACUUUGAUGUCUGUGCUGAUGCUGUCUCCAAGGAUGAACUUCAAAGGGAUAAAGUGGUAGAAGAUGAUGAAGAUGACUUUCCUACAACACGUUCUGAUGGUGACUUCUUACACAAUACCAAUGGCAAUAAAGAAAAGUUAUUUCCACAUGUAACACUGAAAGGAAUCAAUGGCAUAGAUUUUAAAGGGGAAGCAAUAACCUUCAAGGCAACUACUGCUGGAAUCCUUGCUACACUUUCUCAUUGUAUUGAAUUAAUGGUAAAACGUGAGGACAGCUGGCAAAAGAGACUGGAUAAGGAAAUUGAGAAGAGACGAAGAACAGAGGAGGCUUAUAAAAAUGCAAUGACAGAACUUAAGAAAAAGUCCCACUUUGGAGGACCAGAUUAUGAAGAAGGCCCAAACAGUCUGAUUAAUGAAGAAGAGUUCUUUGAUGCUGUUGAAGCUGCUCUUGACAGACAAGAUAAAAUAGAAGAACAGUCACAGAGUGAAAAGGUCAGGUUACAUUGGCCUACAUCGUUACCAUCUGGAGAUGCCUUUUCUUCUGUGGGGACUCAUAGAUUCGUCCAGAAGCCCUAUAGUCGCUCUUCCUCCAUGUCUUCCAUUGAUCUAGUCAGUGCCUCUGACGAUGUUCACAGAUUCAGCUCCCAGGUUGAAGAGGUGGUACAAAACCAUAUGACUUACUCAUUGCAGGAUGUAGGUGGAGAUGCCAAUUGGCAGUUGGUUGUAGAAGAAGGAGAAAUGAAGGUAUACAGAAGAGAAGUAGAAGAAAAUGGGAUUGUUCUGGAUCCUUUGAAAGCUACUCAUUCAGUUAAAGGUGUUACAGGACAUGAAGUCUGCAAUUAUUUUUGGAAUGUUGAUGUUCGAAAUGACUGGGAAACAACUGUAGAAAACUUUCAUGUGGUGGAAACAUUAGCUGAUAAUGCAAUCAUCGUUUAUCAGACGCACAAGAGGGUAUGGCCUGCUUCUCAACGAGAUGUACUUUAUCUUUCUGCUAUUCGAAAGAUACCAGCCUUGACUGAAAAUGACCCUGAAACUUGGAUAGUUUGCAAUUUUUCUGUGGAUCAUGACAGUGCUCCUCUAAACAACCGAUGUGUUCGUGCCAAAAUAAAUGUUGCUAUCAUUUGUCAGACGUUGGUAAGCCCACCAGAGGGAAACCAGGAGAUAAGCAGGGAAAACAUUCUAUGCAAGAUUACCUAUGUAGCUAAUGUAAAUCCUGGAGGAUGGGCACCAGCCUCAGUGUUAAGGGCAGUGGCAAAGCGAGAGUACCCCAAAUUUCUAAAACGCUUCACUUUUUAUGUGCAAGAAAAAACAGCAGGAAAACCUAUUUUGUUCUAGUAUUAACAGUGACUGAAGCAAGGCUGUGUGACAUUCCAUGUUGGAGAAAAAAGAAAAAGUUAAAUGCCCUAAGCUGGAACAUAGGAUCUACAGCCUUGUGACUCGACACCCUGGGCUUGUGUACAAAAAUGAAGAGCUACUGCAGUAGUAAAGCUGAGCACCUAACACUAGCUGUCUCCCAGUAGAUCUCCCGCUCAGCAUGUGCUGUAGAUACAUGUACCACUACAUGUGUGUGGCUAUGUUUUUAUUUGCUUGCUCCUAGAAGAGGAAAAAAAUCAACACUCACUCUCAGCUAGGAAUUGAUGCUUUAAUUUUGGGGAACUUUUUCAAAAUUUUUAAUUUACUGUGAUUCAUUCUAAGACCCUCCAUGCUAUCAGGUUUUGUGCACAAAAGCAAAGCACAAAAGGUGGGAUGCACAUUUUCUGUGUGCCAGUGUCCAGAUGGGGCUUUCUUCAGGUCUACGGGCAGCCUGUGUCCAGAAUUUUUUUACUUUUUUGCUUUGUAUAAUCAUAGAAUUUAUUGCUGCUGAUUUCUAUAACAAUUCAUGUUGUGUAAGUGUCUUAAUGACUGAGGGCUGUCAGUAACCUGUGCUUUUACCUUUUCUGUCAUCUUACUCCUAUGAAGAACCUUGGUUCUGAUGGAGAAAGAGUGAAAAGCUUUACCUCCCCGGAUAUCUUUAUAUUUCCAUUGUAUUUUUUAGUUGUAUAUUGUGUUCUACAGACUUCUUGUUGUUGUCAUAAACACAGUUGAUAAUUCUUAAAUUGGCUCUGCCUGCCUCUAGACAGAAACAUCUAUACAGAUUCUGUGGGUAUUGAAUGCUUUCUGGUAAUAUGGUCACAAUAAAAUGAGCUUAUGUUUUUCUGAAAUUGAUAACAAAAUACACAGUAUACUUGUUCAGGUAAAUAGGCCUGUUUGAAUUCGACAUUUGAUUCAAUGUAUGUAUCUAGUAUUCUGUAACACAUAUUUGCUUACCCUAGUUUGGGUCCAUUUAAAAGAUACAUUGCAAGGUAUACACAGAAAAUCUGAGCAGUUGCUCCUAUUUGCCUCUUGAUCACAGAUUUCAACAGCCCAGAAAAGGACUCCACUUAUUCCAGCUUUCCUUAGUCGCUGUAAGAACUCAACAUGUAAAAUGUCUUUUUUAGUUUUAGUCCUCUGAAAAACUUUGAAGCAUGGAGUUGAGGCAAGGAAUGGUACUCACUGAAGUCAAAAUGACUGCCCACUUCAAAUCUUCAUUGUGUGUACACACCAGUGUAUUUAUAUAAGACAGAGGCAUUUUGUAGAUGCUUUGCUGACUAAUUCAUCUCUUUGGAAACACAGAAAUCAGACCCAUUUUGUAAACAGAAAAUCAUGUCACAUAAAACAUGUCCUAUAUAUGUUCCAUUUGGCUACAUGGCAAUGGAGUCUUAAAGAUGAAUGCAAGGUGAUAAUUUAAUGAUGGGAUUAGCCUGAUCACUUAGUAAUGCAGAAUCCUGGAAGUGAAUUACUUGCAUCAGAUGUAGUGAUAUUUAUUAUUCUGUACAGAGAGAAAAUAUGUAGAAAGCAUACACUUACUUUACAUGCACGUGGAUUUCAUGCUCCAUAAAUCUUUUCUAUUUUUUAAUUUACCUUUCUCUAAAUGAUGUGCAUGGAAUAUGCCUUAUUACAGAGAAAUGCUAUUCAUAAUCUGACUAUGUGGAAAAGUGCCUACAUGGUGGUGAUGCUAAACUAACAAGGCAAAUAAGACAAAUUAUCAUACCAGUUUACUACUUCACCAGUUAACAUUUUAUAUUGUGAUGUUUGGAAAAAAAAAAAAAGUUUAUACCUCAAAUGUGUAUUUUAUUUUACAGUCAGCUGUGGGAUUGGGCUGGGACAAUGGGAGGGCUUGGGAGGGCAGUUCAUUCACUCAUAGGGGUGAAGGGAAUCUUCAGGAUAAGUCUCUGCACCCACUGUGUAUCUGUUUGCCAUGUCUGGUAACAUCGUG